GGGAGGCAGACAGUCCCACAUUGAAUGCCAUCAACUUUUAGCUAAUGCGAAACACGCUGAAACGGGCGCCUGGACGAGAUUAAUCCAAUCCCCUCACUGAAAAUGGCUGCCAUUGACUUUAUAACGUUAACUGGUGACAGCGAGAAAAAACAAGCGGGAGAGAAAGCAGAGAGUGGCAAUGAAGAGGAAAACCAGGACCUGUCAGAGGAGGAAGGAGGCGCAGGGAAGGCAGAGGCCAGUUCGUCGACGCUCGUGGUCGCCGCGACCUCAGCUAAGACCAAGAAAAAGAAACACCGGCACCGCAGCAAACACAAGAGACACAAGCAGUCUUCGCCUGAGGACAAGGAGCGACGCCACAAGCACCGGCACAAGCACAAAAAGCACAAGCGUAAAGACGGCCCCUUGACUGACUGCUUCCCCACCGGUGGCGACGACAACGCUUUCCCAUACUCUUCCUCCGCCAAGCCGCCGAGACUGGAAGACGAUGAGAUGGCGCUUCUGGAGGAGCUGGAGAAACAGAGGGCCCUGAUCCAAGCCGAGCUAGACAGUGAAAUGACUGAGGGUGGCAGGGGGGUACAGUCGGGCAUGGCUCUCAUACUUCAGGGAUACCACUCUGGGGUGGAGGAGGAUGUGGAGAUUCAGGGGGAGAGGAUGUACAACGGACAGCACUUCCGGAAAGGGGCAACGGGGCACGUGGCUGGCUCAGGCUCGCAGACUGCUAAAGACACCGGUAGAGUCCAGCGAGAGUCGACAGACGCCGGCAAAGCUAAGCAGAACAAUCCCAAUAAAAACGGCAGGAAGAGAAAGAUGGACGGCAAGACCAAGGAUCAGAUGAGAGGACUGAGCACGUCCAGGGAUGGAGACAACAGGAGACAUUCCAGGAGUGCAGAUUGCUUCAAGGAAAGGGCACAGGCGUCCAAGUCUCCUCCUGGCACUAGCAAGCAGCCUUCCCUGCCGGCUCAAAGCAGAGAGGCACAAAGCCAGGACAAACACAAGAAGGCGAUCAAGUCCCCCGCCAAGGACGCUUCCUCUGGGAAUGAGAACUGCUCUCCUGGCCUACGAGGGAGGCCGCCAGGUCCUGCCUCCCAGCUGCAGCGCAGCAAGUCCCCAUCACAGUGCCGGGACCUCCGGGCCUCCACCGGAGCCGAGCGAAGGGCCAGGUCACCGCCACCACUCAGAGGGGGCCACCCGAGCCCCCCAGAGAGUCAAAGGAGAGAGGUGGACCGACUGAGACUCUCACCUGGCAGGAUUCGGAGCCAGGACAGUGAAAUGUGCCCGUGCGUUGUGUUUUUUUACGGCUCAGCCGCUCACCAUUCAGGCGGAGGUGUUGCUCUCCCAGGAGACGCAGCAGGUCUCCAUUCAGGAGGAGGUGGGUGGAGGUCAUUGGAUCGGGACAGGAUGGGACGGAGGCCACAGUGGGGUUCCAGAUCCCAGGAGGAGAGGCAGAGACUGAGCCGGGACAGAGAGGACAAGUUCAAGGGCAGCCUCUCGGAGGGAAUGAAGGUCGACAAGGAGGACUCUGAAGAUGAAGUGCUGGAAGAUUACGACGUGGAUGAGGACGACGAGGAGGCUCUCAUUGAACAGCGGAGGCUACAGCGCCUGGCCAUCGUCCAGAAGUACAAGGGAGGGAACGAGGACAAUAACAUGUCGGAGCCCGGCAGCCCGCAGAGCAGCCAGCGCAGCCGCUCGCCCUCGCCAGACGACAUCCUGGAGCGUGUGACGGCCGACGUCAAAGAGUACGAGCGGGAAAACGUGGACACCUUUGAAGAAAACAUCAAGGCUAAGCACAACCUCAUCGAACAGGAGAAAGAUGAAGGAACCAACCCCAAAAAACCUUCCGGCCCCGACAUGUUUACUGAAUCGGAUGACAUGUUCGCCGCCUACUUUGACAGUGCAAGGUUUCGAGCAGCAGGUAUCGGGAAGGACUUCAAGGAGAACCCCAACCUCCGAGACAACUGGACAGACGCAGAGGGAUACUACCGACUCAAUAUCGGGGAGAAACUGGACAAGCGGUACAGUGUGUACGGCUACACGGGGCAGGGCGUGUUCAGCAACGUCAUCCGAGCCCGUGACGUGGCCCGCGCCAGCCAGGAGGUUGCUAUUAAGAUCAUUCGGAACAAUGAGCUCAUGCAGAAGACUGGGCUCAAGGAGCUGGAGUUCCUGAAGAAACUCAACGAUGCAGACCCUGACGACAAGUUCCACUGCCUGCGCCUCUUCCGACACUUCUACCACAAGCAGCACCUCUGCCUGGUCUUCGAGCCUCUCAGUAUGAACCUGCGCGAGGUGCUGAAGAAGUAUGGCAAAGACGUGGGCCUCCACAUCAAGGCGGUGCGCUCCUACAGCCAGCAGCUCUUCCUGGCCCUGAAGCUGCUCAAACGCUGCAACAUCCUCCACGCCGACAUCAAACCUGACAAUAUCCUGGUGAACGAGUCGAAAACCAUCCUCAAGCUCUGCGACUUUGGUUCAGCGUCACACGUGGCAGAGAAUGACAUCACUCCCUACCUGGUUAGCCGGUUCUACAGGGCGCCGGAGAUUAUCAUCGGGAAGCUUUAUGACCACGGCAUCGACAUGUGGUCCGUUGGCUGCACUCUGUAUGAGCUGUAUACGGGCAAGAUCCUUUUCCCAGGGAAAACCAACAACCACAUGAUUAAGCUCGCCAUGGACCUCAAGGGCAAGAUGCCCAAUAAGAUGAUCAGGAAAGGUGUGUUCAAGGACCAGCACUUUGACCAGAACCUCAACUUCCUGUACACCGAAGUAGACAGAGUUACUGAAAGGGAGAAGGUGACAGUGAUGAGCACCAUCAACCCCACCAAGGAGCUGCUGGCUGACAUGGUGGGCUGCCAGCGUCUGCCCGAGGACCAGCGCAAGAAGGUGGCCCAGCUCAAGGACCUGCUGGACCUGACCCUUAUGCUGGACCCGGCCAAGAGGAUCAGCAUCAACCAGGCCCUGCAGCACCCCUACAUCCAGGAGAAGAUCUUCUGACCACUUCGUACUGUAUCCACUCACAGUCAUGCAUUGAUUGCUGCAACCAGUACUGAGUCCUUAGUUUGACUAUGGUUGGACCCCCAUCCCAUCUGGCACUGCUGAUGGAGAGGAAGUAGUAUUAUCUUUCGUCCCCUGUUUGAACCACACACACACACACACACACACACACACACACACACACACACACACACACACACACACACACACACACACACUCUUUCUCCCGUUUUUCAUCGAUCUUCUGGAUUGUAUAAAUAACCGUAGUAGGGCUCCAAGCAGAAUGCCUGCUGCAUAGCAUAUGUUCAGUUUCAGCCUACCUGCAAGUCAGAUAGUUCUGUCUCAUUAUAAGCCCUCUAUCUCAUGGACAGUAAGCCACUCGAGUUGGACUUUCAUCCAAUCAGAUCUUCCGUUUUUUGAUUGGCCCCUUGCAGGUGACUGAAGGUGGAUGAAAUGUUUUGCUGUAAAAAAAAAAAAAAGUGAAUUCUGAUUGGAUUAAGUAAAAUGUAAAUUCUGAUUAUUGGGGAGGGUUAGUCAAAUGUUAAUUCUGAUUGGGUUAGUCAAAUGUUAAUUCUGAUUGGGUUAGUCAAAUGUUAAUUCUGAUUGGGUUAGUCAAAUGUUAAUUCUGAUUGGGUUAGUCAAAUGUUAAUUCUGAUUGGGUUAGUCAAAUGUUAAUUCUGAUUGGGUUAGUCAAAUGUUAAUUCUGAUUGGGUUAGUCAAAUGUUAAUUCUGAUUAAUGGGGAGGGUUAGUCAAAUGUUAAUUCUGAUUGGGUUAAGUAAAAUGUUAAUUCUGAUUGUUGGGGAGGGUUUUUGAGCUAAUGGUCAUUCAUGAGUUACCAAGGCAGUGACAAGCAGGGAGGGUAACCCAAUACCCUUGCCCUUUUGAAUGGGAUGUUUGUACAGUGGGUUGACUAAACUCCUGCAACCUUGGCAGCUCCUUUGACUUACUGUUACCUGUGAUGUGGUGCAGGGCCAGCAUAAAUGAUGUCUAUAUCCGCGUCUCCCCCAGGUAUUGAAAGCCCCCAUCCACCCUGUCCCCACAUCCUGGUGUCUGUGCAGGCCCUGGUCCGCAUGCCCGUUCUGCUGCUGCCUGUGGGUCUGUCAGUGCCGAAAACCCAAACGGUUGGGGGGGUCCUUGGGUUCUACUUUAAAGCAGGUUGUAUACCACUUACAGUACAUUGAAGGUAAGCUUUCUCCCCCACCCUCCUAAAAAAAAAAAAACUCAUUAACUUCAACUGGUUAUUAUUACCUCAUGUUUUAUUUAUUUUUUAUAUAUUUACACAUGGUUUUAGCCAGAUGUCCCUGUAGACAUGGUUAUGUCAAGAAAUAGGGUUUCUAUAAGACAACUAUAUAUUUCUUAAGCAUAAUUCAAAUCGCUAUGGCAAAGAUUGGAUUUAAAAGAAAAUCCAAAUCGGUCAUGCAUCUAAAUUGUAGAGAGAAAAUUGGGGGGGGGGCUUUAUCCAACAAGCUGUCACCUUCAGUGUACUUCUCUUAAUGCAACAGCUACGUUUUAUUUGCUCUACUGUGUAAUAAAUACCUUUUUUUUCUGCGCUCCCUUUACGGUGUUAGAAACUGUGAGGAUAGCAGUCUUGCUAUGUACACAAAAGCAUGUGUUAAUUGUUUCUAGGUGUGUUCUCUAAAAAAAAAUAUAUAUAAUAAGGCUAUGUAAGUGUUUUGUUUCCCUCUGUUAUCUGUCAUUGGUUUUCAUGUUUUGUAUGACCAUGGUGUCUUUUGAUCCAGGGAUAUUCCUGCACUGAGCUUUGAGUCUGCUUGUUAUGAGCGGUAAUUGCCUCUAUUUGGUGUUAUAUAUAUAUAAUAAUGAUCUUAUAGGACCAAAACAGAAAUAAAACAGCCUAAACGAGUAGCUAAUGCAGUAUGUAUAUGCCUUUUCCAUAAAAUGUCUUCCCUACAUACAAAUGCCAAUGUUCAGGCCCCGUAAAGUGUCAACAAUGAACUGAAAUGCGUUCUUUUUAAAGCUAAUUCACCAAACCUAAACUAAGAAUACUUUGGUGGUGUUCCGCGAUUUUUAGGCUAGAAUCCAAACUUGAGAUCUGUGCGCCAAAACUUGACACGUACAGAUCGAAAAGUUAGAAUUUGGCCCUCACGUGCUAGAUUUAGAUUUAGAUCAAACCAAAGGAGCAGAAGAAGACAUCAUGUUGUGUGCUGUUUCACUGACGCUGGUGUUUGUGCUGUUUUUCCCCACAAUGAUGUUUCCUGUGGUGGCUGAGAGCGAGACAAGAGUCCAGCACUUCCUUCUCCAGGCCGGGCUCCCCUUUCAGAGAGACAAGACCUCCACGAGGCCACUUAUCAAGGGUAAGUCAGAACUUCUCUUCCCUGCCUUGGUUCCUUCAGUCUCCUCUCUCUGCUUUGGUGCCCAUGUAAGACUGGAGACCAGGGAAGAUGUUCAACGAAUGAGCCCCUGUGGAUAUUUCUCAAAUAGAAAAUGUUAAAACAGAAGGGAAAAAAAUGUUAUGUAACACAUUUGUCCACAUCCUUCACUUUAUUCAAUGUAAUCUUGUCCACUACUGUUUUCUUAUGAUAUAACAUCAAUGUGCAUGCUCUGUCCUUAAUUGAGAACAAAACAACGUGUGUUCAUUUUUCAUUUGGCGUAUUAAUAUAAUAAACAUAGGCACAGACUAUC